AUGACCACCGGUCAGAUACCAGGAGAAGACAUACCAAUUGUACACCGUGUUAUUGAGAGCCAUUAUUUGCAUGACACACCGUUGGACCAAGAGAUCCUCACCAAGGGUGACAACAAUCCCUAUGACGAUAUCUCACUCUAUAAAAACCUCAAGUGGCUUGAAAGACGUCACGUAGUUGGCAAAGUUCGGGGGUUCUUGCCAUAUGUCGGAUACGUGACAAUUGCGAUGAACGAUUUCCCUCAGCUCAAAUAUGCGCUUUUGGGCAUCAUGGGUCUUUUUGCGCUCAUACAACGGGAGUAG